AUGUCAGUGAUAUCCUGGAACUGCCGUGGAAUUGGUGCUCGUGAAAAGCGAUCUCAAUUCAGGAAACUAACUAAUACACAUAAACCCAUCUUUCUUUUCAUUCAAGAAUCUAAAUCUGAGAUUGUUAAUCCCAAAACCAUCAAAACCAUAUGGCCUGAGGAUGAUAUCGAAUGGCUAUGCAGUCCUUCAAAUGGAAAUUCGGGGGGUCUUAUUUCCCUCUGGAAAAAAUCGGGUUUUCAAAUAGAAUCGUCCACCAUUCAGCGAAAUUGGAUUGCUAUUCAAGGAUUAUUGCCAUCCUCUAGCUUCAAAUGUCUACUCAUCAACAUAUAUAACCCUUGUAGCAUUGAAGGAAGGGCUGUUGUCUGGAACGACAUUGUGGAUUUCUGCAGAAAUAACUCUUUUCCAACCCUAAUUAUGGGUGAUUUCAAUGAAGUUCUCUCCUCCUCUGAGAGAGGCAGUGGACUUUUAACUCAAGAAGGUGUUGAUGACUUCAGAAAUUUUAUCCAAACCAUGAGCCUAAUUGACAUCUCCUGCUCAAAUGGGAUCUUUACAUGGUUCCAUGGCAACCGAAAGAGUAAGCUUGACCGAUGUCUAGUUACAUCUGAUUGGAUCCUUCAAUAUCCGAACCUCUCAAUCCAAAUCCUCAACCGAACAAUUUCCGAUCAUUGCCCUAUUUUUGCCCAUUCCCCCAACUCCAAUUGGGGCCCGAAGCCCUUCCGGUUCCUAAAUUGCUGGGUCUCACACCCAAAUUUUCUACCCACGAUUUCACUCGCUUGGGACAACUCCCAACAUCUCCCCAUGUCUGAUAAAUUAAGGCAAGUAAAAUCAAGCCUCAAAAAGUGGAACGAAACUGAGUUCGGGUUCAUCGACACCAAAAUAAAAGAAUUGGAGGAUCAAAUCCAAUACUUUGAUAACACUGCCAAUGACCGCACCCUCUCAAACACUGAACUUGACAAGAGGAAAUCCGUGCAGAUUGAUCUAUGGUCCUGGCUGAAAAAAAAAGAAGUUUAUUGGGCUCAAAUCUCACGGUCUAAAUGGCUUAAAGAGGGGGACAGGAACACCAAGUUUUUUCAUACUCUAGCCUCAAUUCGAAGGCAAAAAAAUUUUAUUUCAUCUGUGCUUAUUGAUAACACUAACAUUGUUGAUUGUGCAGGAAUAAAAUCUGAAGCAGUUUCCUAUUUUCAGAAAAUCUUUCAGGAGGAUGUUAAAAACAGACCUAAGUUCGAAAACCUUGAAUUUCAGCAACUACUCCCAUCUCAAAGGGAUAUGCUGUGUGAGCCUUUCUCUUAUGAUGAAAUUGAUGCGGCUGUUGCAUCAUGUGAUGGCAAUAAAGCUCCCGGGCCCGAUGGAUUCAAUUUUAAUUUUGUCAAAACUGCGUGGGAAGUUAUCAAACAGGAUGUUUAUGAUAUGGUUCGGAGAUUCUGGAAUACAGCCAAACUUCCAAAAGGAUGUAACAAUGCUUUUAUUGCCCUAGUUCCGAAAAUUGAAACUCCCACAAGCUUCAAGGAUUAUAGACCUAUUAGUAUGGUCGGGUGUCUCUAUAAAAUUGUAUCAAAAAUUCUUGCGCGAAGAUUACAAAGGGUGAUGGAACAUUUGGUGGGACCUCUACAAUCAUCCUUCAUCGGGGGUCGGCAGAUUCUUGAUGGAGCUCUAGUAGCGGGAGAAAUUAUUGAAUCUUGUAAAAGAUUCAAAUCUGAGGCAGUUCUUCUGAAACUUGACUUCCAUAAGGCCUUUGACAGUAUUUCAUGGAGCUAUCUGGAUUGGGUACUUGAGCAGAUGGGCUUUCCUGACCAAUGGCGCGAGUGGAUGAAAUCCUGCGUAAUGUCAGCUUCAGCUUCCAUUUUGGUUAACGGAUCUCCGACGCAGCCUAUCAAGUUACAGCGGGGCCUCCGUCAAGGGGACCCCUUGUCCCCUUUUCUCUUUAAUCUGGCGGUAGAGCCCUUGAAUCUUCUCAUGAAAAAGGGGCUGAAUCUUGGACUAUGGGAUGGAAUUGCUUCUCGGCCCAACGGAUGCAUUGUGUCCCAUCUCCAGUAUGCGGACGACACCAUUAUCUUCUGCCCCCCCUCUAUGGAUUAUCUCUGCAACAUCAAGAAAACUUUGAUUGUGUUUCAAAUAGCCUCAGGCUUGAGUGUGAAUUUUCAUAAGAGUGCUUUGUACGGCAUCAAUGUAGACCAAAUAUGGCUCGAAUCCGCGGCCAAGGCUCUCCUUUGUCGAACGGGCUCGCUUCCUUUCAAGUACCUUGGGCUUCCAAUUGGAGGUAAUUACUCUAGGAUUGAUACUUGGAACCCUAUUGUAGAUAGGAUGAGUAAAAGACUAGCAUCCUGGAAGGGUAAAAUGCUUUCGAUUGGGGGACGUAUUACUUUGAUAAAAGCUUCUUUAUCAAGUCUUCCGUUGUAUUUCAUGUCCCUUUUUCCCAUUCCCAAGGGGGUCAUUGCAAAGCUCGUCAAAAUUCAGAGGGACUUUCUUUGGUGUGGAGUAGAAGGAAAGCGAGCCUUUCCUCUAGUUGCUUGGGAGAAAUUGGAACGGCCCAUUUCCCUUGGGGGCCUGGGUAUUGGCAACUUAUUGCAAAAAAAUGUGGCCUUACUUUUCAAGUGGUUAUGGAGGCUUUUUAGUGAGCCCAAAGCAUUUUGGAGAAAUUUUAUUAUGGAUAAAUAUGAGUAUCCUUCCUCUCUCACUUUUAAUGAUGUUAAAAUCCCAAUUCGUGGUGGGCCUUGGAAGGCCAUUUGCAGCUCGGUCUUAAAGCAUCCUUGUGCAAGGUUAUUUGGGCCUCAAAAAAUCAGGAAAUUUGUGGGGAAAGGAACUCAAACUUUCUUUUGGAAAGAAGUGUGGAUUGGUGAACUGCCGCUAAAAGAUCUUUUCCCUCGGUUACAUCGGCUCGCUAUUAACCCUUUGGCUACGAUAUCCUCACUGGGAAUUUGGGAUGGGCAUGAAUGGCAGUGGAUUUUGGCAUGGCGAAGACCUCUCAGGGCCCGUGAUAUAGAAGAAAGGGAUCACCUUUAUGAGUUGCUAAAAAGCGUUGUUCUUGAUCUCUCAUGUGAUGACUAUUUAGUAUGGGCUCCAAAUAAAUCUGGAAUUUUUUCUGUGAAAUCCGCAUCCCUCGAGCUUGCCAAGGGGUCAAUUUCAACAUCCCACGAUAUUAUUAAAGGGGUAUGGAGAGGUCUAGUUCCCUAUAGAAUUGAGAUAUUCUGUUGGUUGGCUCUCUUGGAAAAAAUUAAUACAAAAUCUAAGUUGGGCCGACUUGGAAUUAUUCCAAUCGAUGAAGCGAACUGCGUGUUCUGUAAUGCUGAGCUUGAAACCACCAAUCAUCUCCUUCUUCACUGUCGGUUCUCUUGGAAUCUCUGGUCUUGGUGGCUGAAUUUAUGGGGACUCUCUUGGUCAUUUCCAGAAACCAUAAAAAAUGCCUUCCUUCAAUGGCAAAUUUACGGGAAGGGAAUUUUUUUCAAGAAAAUCUGGCAUUCUAUUUUCUUCAUCAUCAUAUGGUCUCUUUGGAAGGAAAGAAAUUCAAGGAUCUUCAAUAACUCUGCCUCUUCUCUGGAGGAAAUUCAAGACUUGAUUCUAUUGAGGCUAUGUUGGUGGAUUAGAGCUUGGGAUGAUAGAUUUCCAUUUACAAGUUCUGAAGUUAUUCGCAACCCAGCUUGCCUCAAGUGGGUUCAGUCCGAUGGCUGCAAAUCCGGUACUGCUAUUGUAGUAAAUCCGCCGAUGGUCCCAUGGUCUCCUCCAAUGGUGAAUCAGUUGCAGUGGAAUGUGGAUGCUUCUUUCAAGCCAGAGUUGGAUCGUGCAGCUGUAGGUGGAGUUCUGAGAGACGAUAAAGGCUUUUUUAUCUGCCUUUUUUCCAGCCCCAUUCCCAAAUUGGAAAUCAACUCUGCUGAGAUUUAUGCUAUUUUCAGAGCUUUAAAAAUAUCUUUCAGCUCUGACCGAAUUAAGGGCCAUCAUCUUAUAAUAGUGUCUGAUUCCGCUAAUGCUGUAAGGUGGGUUAAUCAAGAUGAUGGAGGACCUUGGAAUCUUAAUUUCAUGCUCAAUUAUAUACGCAAUGCAAGGAAGUCCUGGAUAUCUUUAUCGAUAGUUCACAGGGGCAGAGAAUCAAAUGGGGUUGCUGAUGCCCUUGCAAAGCAAGGGUUGAGUAGAGCAGAUGAAUUCCUAGCCUGGUUAUAA